GGGGGGCAAGAUACCCAGCAGCAACAGUGGCUGACUUCUGGUGCUUGGAACCAAGGGCUGCAUCAUACACACCCCUGGAUGCAAAAUCAGAUGCUUCCUCAUGCUUCUAUGAACAGAACACAAGGGAAUGCCCUGAACAUUCCAGUGAGUGCAGCUAUGUAUGGUAUCUUCAAUAGUCAAGGCAAUACACAGGUAAACUUGCCUGUGAACCUGGGUCCACAUAUUUUAGUGGGUGACUCCAACCUAGUGUGUACUGCGCUCCAACCCCCUGUAAGUGUUUACAGUUUAGAGAAAAUGGAAGAAAAAAAGAAAAAUUCCACUACGAUUGUUUUACAAGAAAUUGGCAAAAAUAAUGAUGCAGGCAAACAAAGUCGCUUAUGAAGCCCCCAUGUCAUACACGCAACUCCUACUUGCUGCUGAAGAAGAGGUGCUAGAUAUGCAUCCUCACAAUCGCAAGAAGAUUGCCUUGUUCGUACUGAGAACGAUAUGUACAUGAUAACUGGGCGAUACAGUAGAUCUUCAGAAGAUCCAUUACAAGCACACACUGGGGGUGGAGCUCAACAUAUAUCUGGAGUCGAUGACCAGCAUGAUAUAGAGCUUGAACCUUUUGUUGACAACCAUUUUUCAGAAAGCUUGAAUGAUUUGAACUGGGACAAUGAAAUGCAGACAGAAGCAGGAGGAAACAAAAACGCAUCUAUGGUGUCAAAUGAGAUUGCUUCUGACAAUGAUUCUGAUUCCGAGGAUGAUCAUUCUCCAGCGUUGUUGCAAAAAGCCUCUGAGAUUACUGUUACAACUGCUGGAGAAGAAGAAAACAGUGGUGCAGCUGGCGAAGUUCAAAAAUUAACACAGGAUGAUAUACUGAUAUUCCUUGAAAAUGACAGUAUAGAAGCUGCUCAGAGUGCUAGCCAAGAAGUGCGCAGCCAUCACGUACCCCAUGUGGACAUGGUCUUUGAUACGGAUGAUGCAGCUUACAACUUUUACAAUGAGUAUGCCUCAAUUGCUGGUUUUUCUGUGAUCAAAGCAUCUCGAUAUUGUGGCAAGAAACAAGGAGGCAGUGCAGCAACUCGGGUAACUUUCAAGUGCAAUCGGUCAGGAAGAGUAAUUUAUGAAGAAGAACAAGAGAAUAGGAAGAAGAAACGACGUGACACAAGGCAACAGAAAACAGGACAAGAGCCCUAUCGCAACGCAAGUAAGAAAAAAGCAAACACCAUUGCAAUAACAGGGUGUAAAGCUCAGCUCAUUGUCACCAAGAAGGAUGAGAAGUGGGUGAUAACAACCAUAAACCUACAACACAACCAUGAUUUGAGUCCUCACACAGAAGUGAAAUACCUUCGUUCUCAUAACUACAUGACAGAGGAGGAGAAACUCCUAAUCCGAACUUUCAAUGUUGUGAAGCUACCAACAAGACAAAUAAUAGCAAUCCUAAGUUACUUGAGAGGCGGGAACACUCCUUACACCAAAAAGCAUGUAAGCAAUGUUAGAACAGCCAUUGGCAAAGAGAGCAAUCAAAAUGACAUGAUGCAGGUGCUAACAUAUUUCAGGAAGAGACAAGCUGAAGAUCCACAAUUUUACUAUGCGUUCAAAACAACUAAAGUCUCUGAUGACGCAAGUAAAGUUUUGUGCAUUUUCUGGGCUGACGGGUAUUCUAGGAAAAUGUACGAGCUGUACGGAGACUGCCUCAGCUUCGACACAACAUUCAAGACAAACAGAUACAACCUCCCAUUUGCUCCCUUUGUUGGUGUCACAGGACAUGGCCAGAACUGUUUGUUUGCUUGCUCUAUCAUAGAGAAUGAAACAGCUGACACCUUUCAAUGGUUGUUUGAGACAUUCUUGCAUUGCAUGGGUGGGAAAUCUCCGUCCACAAUCAUAACAGACGAGGAUGCUGGGAUGAAGACAGUUAUCCCUUUAGUUUUCCCGCAUAUCUGCCACAGGCGUUGUUUGUUUCAUAUUAAAAAGAAGGCUGAGGAAAAAUGUACUAGGACUUUUGCAGCAAAUAAAACACUGCAUGAUGAUUUCAGUGACAUCAUUCACAACUCUCUGACGGUGGCUGAGUUUGAGCAAUUGUGGACAGAGAUGAUCCAGAGAUACAACAUUGGGCAUGUGAAGUAUUUCCAAAUCAUGUGGAAGAAAAGGAAAAGGUUUGUCCCUGUGUAUUUCAAGACGGACUUCUUCCCCUUCAUUCACUCUACUGCGCGUAGUGAAGGCACCAACGCCAUUUUCAAGGACAACAUCACGUCAACUCACAAUGUGAUCAGCUUCCUCCAAGAGUACCAGAAGAUUUCAGAAACCAUACAAGAUAAGGAGAGGGAGCAAGACUCUAUCACAAGAACAACUUCGCCGACAUUCUGGGCACGAAGUGAGCUUGAGAUACAAGCUGCAAAAAUGUACAACAGGAAGAUAUUUUACAGAUUCCAAAAGCAGAUAAAGUUUGUGCUGAAUUUGCAUGUUGAAGAGGUUGAGAGAAAUGUGAAAUAUGAAGUCUACAAGACACCAAUGCUAGCUGAAAAGGAUUUCAGAACGCGAAGAUUUGUUGUGAUUGUGAACUUGCAGCAACAGUUGUUCAGUUGUAUCUGUGGGAAAUUUCAGAAAGAUGGCAUUGCGUGUUGCCAUGUCUUGAGAGUCCUUUCUCAUCUCAACAUGUCUGUGCUGCCAGAAAAAUAUUACAUAGACAGGUGGAGGCCAAAAAAUACAAAGGACAUACGGGACAUCCGUUUCAAUGUUCCUUUGGAACUAACUGCUGGAAGUCAACACUUAAGGUAUACCCUUCUAUCCAACAGGCUCAAUGAGAUGGCCUCGGACAGUGCAUCAACAAACAGAAAAUAUUUGUAUGUUGUAGCAGAAUGUGAAAGGGUGCAACAAAGGUUGGAUGAGAUGACUAAAGAGGAUGAACUUGCAGAAGCGCAACAAGCAAAUGUUGACAAGGACACAAUAGAGACUGAUGCAGCACCGCAUCCUGAUGGUUAUGGAGACAAACUUCAAGAUCCUGAUGUUGCAGUGUCAAAAGGGCGUCCACAAAAAGGACGUUACAAAACUUUCAUGGAAAGUUUGGCAUCUAAACAGAAAGUCACAUGCAGUCGGUGUGGGAAGCCUGAUCAUUAUAAAAGUUCUUGUACUGCAAGUACUGAAGAUGUCAAUUUGGCUCAGAGAGAGAAAGUCAGUCGCAAACAAACCUCAGCCUCAUCUGGGACAUCUACGGGCAAGCAACCAGCUGGUGCAAACCCGAGGAGGAAGGCAAGAAAAGAAAAAUGAAAAUUUGGGUGCUGGAAGUUCAAGAAGGCAAAAAAAUAUGCAAGUGAUGACUGGAAAAAUGUAAAUGCACUCAAGUUUUGGUUGUUUGUUGUGCCACUGAACAAAAAACAAGAAGGAACUAUGAUUGUUCAUGCAUGAUAGCACGUUUGCUACUGUUU